AUGAACCCACUCGCUAUUGAAUAUAUAGCGCUAAGUGCGAGACAGCGAUUUACUUUUCCCAUCAACUACAGUCACAAUCUGGGCAGCUCAUUCCGAUCCGUGGCAAACUCGAAUCCUGAUUCUACCACUAGUCGCAGAACCUCAUUCGAUUCCCGUGGUUCAACCUUGUGCUUCGAAAGUCAGCCAACGCAUACGUCGUGGGAUCUUGAAAGCGAGAAGUCUCCAGAAAUGACGACAUAUUACCAUUAUGACUCUGACGGCAAUGUCACGGCCUCCACCUCUAACCCUGCUGCUGGAAUUUGCACAGGUAGCCCUUUGGCAUCGGACGCCUACGAACGGCAAGGCGACGUUGUAGGAGCCUUCCUUGCACGUCGCAGCAUGAUUUACCCCGCAUCAGGCGCCCCAGAAGCACACGAGGUAUAUAGGUCUUCUUUCUACCCAGCCGUAGCAGCCUCCAAAAGCGGCGUACAUGGCGAGUCUGUCGACCAAAGCCAUCAAUUGAGUGAGGGAGACGAGGGUUCCACCUACACAGCUGGCUCAUCAGCUAAGGCUUCCCAUACGCUUGGCUGGGCAGGCUGGGCAUCCCAAUCAGGUGUGCCGCGACCGUAUACAAAUCCUGAGUACAUUCGCCACCUGCACACCCUACAGAGUUUGCUCCCUUAUCUUCAACCUGAGCGGAAGCUCAAUGCGCUGAACGGUCCGGUGGUAGACAUCAUUGAGCAAGACACUGGGUUUUCUCUCGCUUAUCAGGUUCCAAAGAAGAUGCUGGUCCUCUUCCUUGGUCGUAAAGUGGUCAACAAGUUCAUCCGUACCAUACACCGUGAGGACGACGAGAACUGGAAAGGUGCACCAACCUCUCAAGAGAUGAAUUUACCCAAAGGAGUGGCUAGCCAGGCUUCUAUGAAGAUCCUUGUAGCUUGGAUGUUUCGGGCCUGCCAAUACCAAACCAUGGGUACGAUGAAGCAGAUCCGUAUCCCAAGGAACACUUUUGCGGCCUGCUCCUUGGCGAGGACUAUGGAGCUUUUCGAACUUCACAAAGAUGCCUUGCGGGUUGAUCAUUACAUCGCUGCAACCCACUUUGCUCGGCCAAUCUUUGCUAGUGAAUUGGAGACGCUUUGGAAUUGCCUUGGGAAAGGGAGCAGGUACGUUUAUGCGGCGAUCAAUGUAGUUGGUCGUAGACUUCGUGCAUUCGAUGCCGGCAGCACUGGAGAAGACUCACUGGGAAUUGAUGCCAAUAUGUUGGCCAUGCUCAAAGAACACCGUGACCUUGAAGCGCGGGUGCGUGAUCCCAAGUUGAACGAGCAGUACCGACCCUAUUUCAGCACCCAGUGGAUCAAAAGAUUGAACGACAAGCAGCACGACAAUCGAGACCGAAAGUUCGACAAGACGUAUAAUCAUCCUAGUGAGCCAUCAUCGAAGGAUUUUCGGGAUGAAACACCAGCGGAGGGUUUCAAAGAGGAGCCACAGCCACUGGGGCUAAGGACUACAGCGCGCAAAUUCGCCGUUCUGCGAAUCGUCCCUGAAACCAUAGAUUUGGCGAAGACCGACGUCCAAAGGUGCUCAGAAUCAAAUGAGGAUGCCAGAUAG